AUGACACCGAAGCGCGGAGCUGAAUCCAACACUAAGCUUGUUCCAAUUUCACCAGAUGGCGGUUGGGGAUGGGUGGUGGUGGUCGGAUCUUUUCUCAUUCACGUGGUUGCUGAUGGAUUCGUCUAUUCAUUUGGAGUACUGGUUCAUCAUCUCAUAGAGGAGUUCAAAUCGGAUAAUACUAUGUCUUCAUUUAUUAUAUCUAUUUUAACUGGUCUCACACUUGGGUCUGGACCAUUAGCAUCAGCGAUUUGCAAUAAAUAUGGAUGUCGGAUUACAGCAAUCAUAGGUGCUUGCAUCUCUAUAGCAGGAUGCGCAGCAUCAGUGUUUGCGACAGCCAUGUGGCAUAUUAUUGUCUCAGUUGGAGUGGUUAUGGGAAUCGGUUUCGGUUUGAUGUAUUGCCCCGCCAUCGUUGCAGUAACCAUGUAUUUUGAAAGGCGUCGGUCGUUAGCAACAGGAAUAGCGGUAGCUGGCGCCGGAUUUGGUACUAUGAUAUUUUCUCCAAUAAAUGGAUUUGUAAUUAGUCAUUUCGGCUGGAGAGCUGUAUUCGUCACGUUUCUCGGAGUAUUUAUAUUUUGUAUUGGAAGUGGAUUGACGUUCCGGCCUUUGCCAUUCCGGGAAGUGGAUGAAGAUGGCGGUGCAGGCCGUGCACAUGAUGUGGGGGAGCCUGGAUCAGCAACAGUUGAGAAAGACGUUCGCCCCAAAAGUGUGAGGAAGGCAGCAUCUCUCACUGAUAUUAGUUCGGAGAGAGAAACUUCUUCGAGCUUUAAGCAAACAAAUGUAGGCGAAAAAGAGACUGGAUAUUUGAACAGGAAGGAUAUCUUCUAUACUGGCUCUAUCACCAACGUAUCAGAGUUCAUAGAAGGACCUGACAGAUACAGAUCCACUGGGUCCUUGCGAAAGGAAUCAUUGAGCACCGCAAGAGAAAUUAGUGAGAACGGUUGCGAAGAUACUGAAUCUGACGACGUGGAAGGGAAGAAUAUUUUCAGGACUGUGAGCAAUAUGCUUUCUCUUUCGUUACUAAAGGACCCUACGUUCCUGAUCUUCGCCGUUUCCAAUCUCUUAGCAUCACUUGGAUACAACGCCCCGUUGUUGUUUUUACCACUUCAUGCUAUUAAAGGUGUCGGUCUUGAUUCGGCAAGCUCUUCGGUAGUUCUUUCAGUUUACGGGUUCUCUAAUACUGUUGGUCGAGUUGUUUUUGGUAUCAUUGCGGAUCGUCCGCUUCCUCUUCCAUACAAGCUUGGCCGUGAUAUCGCUAGGAACAGAUUAUGGAUUUACAACAUAUCUCUUGCGCUUUGUGGCAUUUUCACAACAUUCUGUUAUCUCUGCGCCGGUUUCACUUCUCUUUCUGUGUAUGCUGGUCUCUUUGGAUUCUUCCUCGCUUCUUACGUUUGUCUUACCAGUGUCGUUCUUGUUGAUCUUCUUGGCCUGGAUAAGCUCACUAACGCUUUUGGUCUUCUUCUUCUAUGGCAGGGAGUCGGAACUGUUGUUGGACCGCCUAUAUCGGGGUAUCUUGCAGAUUCUACGGACUCGUACAUUUGGUCUUUCAUAUUUUGUGGAAUAAACUUGCUGAUCUCCGGAUUGAUCCUCUUCGCCGUUCCAUAUUUCCAGAAGAAGAAGGAAAGCGCUAGAAAUUGA